AGAGCUCAAAAGUCGUACGUUUGCUUUUUCCCCCCCCUCCUCAACUCGUUACGAGCAGUGUGAAAAUGUCUGCCACUCGGUAUCGUCGGUUUUUGAAGCUGUGUGAAGAGUGGCCCCGGGAUCAGACCAAGGGAGGCCACGAUUUAGGGACGUUUCUGCGGCAAAGAGUCGCUUCUGCCUUCCGUGAGGGUGAAAACACGCAGAUCUCUGAUCCAGAGAAAUGUGAUCAGAUGUAUGAAAGUUUGGCCCGAAUCAAUGGCAAUGUAUACAGACAACGAUUUCCUCGUGCAAGAGACACAAGUUUUACUGGCGUCACUGUAGAAGAAAGUAGACUAUUUCUGUCAGAGAGUAUUCAACGGGUGGAUGAAGACAAAAAGGGGCUGUGGAAGACAGUAAUGGAAAGACUUUCCAAAUCACCCGAAGACGCUCCAGAGAAGGCUCCUGAAAAAUAACUAUUUUAAUAUUGCAUGUAUAGAAAUUAAAAUUGUUUAGAAAUAAAAAAAAAUGUUUUGUUGUUGGCA